AUGGAGGUGUGCUGUUCUUUUAAGUCCAUCGUAGGAGGAAUGUGUGGAUUUGACACGAGAGACAGGAAAAAAGAAACACAAAUUAUCCCUUUACUGGCCUGUUCAAAAGCAAUUUCGAACCACACAGCCAGCCUGGGGUUUUCCGGUCCAAUGGACGAAGUUGACCUUAUCCUCAGCAGAGCAGCAGUAUUUACUCAACCUGCAAACAUAAAUUCUAUGACCAUUUGUCCAUUACAUCGCGAAAAGCUUGGUUUGGGCUGGAGGCGAGGAUCCACUGCGAGGUGUAGAGUUCCAGAGGCAUUGUCCAAUCAUGACAGAAGAGGGAAAAAGUGGCCAAAAUGUGACCGAGGAAUCGGGAAAAUUGAUUCACAAAUAAUUUUAAAGAAAACUGGAGUAUUUCUUCAAAUAGGCUCGGGUAAGUUUGCAGUUUGCAAACUUUGUUUCACUGUAGUGACCUCUCUUCGUUUCCUUAAAAAUAUUGACUUUAAGUUUAAGCCUUUGACUUUAAUUUUCUUAGGUAUUUGCGCAUCUUGUCGGAAAACCCUCAGGCUGCUUGUAGCAGAAGAAAAAGAGUCGUCAGCCAUAGGAAGUUCGACUUCUCGUUCCACUGACGCCAGUGUGUUAAUGCAGAUGGAAAACUUGAAUCUGGUAAGCUUUGAUCCACAUUACGCUAUUUAUAGUCAGCCUGUCUUCUGUCAUCCUGUUAAGUAUCAGGCAAAACACACCAUGCAGGUCCUCCCUAUUCAAUCUGUUUGUCUCCAUAAUGUGAGAGGGGACUUGUGACUAAUCACAUCAUAAUUUUUUUCCUCAAAAUGCGUAGAAUAUUGGGCUGGUUCCCGCGGAUUUUCGCUGAGGCUAGAUACAAGAAAAUUAUACUACGAAAAAAUCUCUGCUACCGGCUUUCGUCAUACAAAAGUCAGUUUUAUGUUCAUAUGGGAUUUUGACAUGUUUUAAUCCGGAUACUCUCUCUAAACUAUAACUCAGAAAGAAAGAUAACCGUGAGGAGACUGGAACGAAUGAUUGGUUUCUGUAGUUAACCACGCUUCGUUAAAUUGUCAUAGAUGUUUAAAUCUAUUUGUAAUCCCCCCCCCCCUUUUCCCUUGCCGUAUUUUUUCUCCUUCAUUUAAAUUUUCCCUCUUAUUCUCUUCUUUUUCAUUUGUUUUGUGGUUUAGAAAGAGAAGGAUGAGGGGGAGGAGUUGGAAGAAGAAGAAGAGGAAAGUGAAAUCUCUUUCACCCCAAUAACAGGUCCUAUAUUAGAAAGUAGUCUCUAUGAACCAUCUUUUGUUGAAGAGAAAACUGUAACGCCAAGGGAGAAGUUGAACAAAUUCCUGAUUUCAAGAGAUAUUAGUCCAAUUCGCCAUUCCCUGGAAACACCAUGGGCAGAAGCUUCCGAGCGGACGAAAAGGCUUUAUACUAGAAAGGUACGACAAGUUGUUAAUGCGUGCUUGGAUGAGAUUGUACCUGGGGAAACUGAGACUUUAUUGUCUUCACUGGUUAAAUCAGAGCUUGACGAAAGUGCUAUUGACUCCUCUCUGAUGGAAUGUUUGGCCGAAUGUUAUAACAACGCAGACCAUUGGAGCUCUCGAAGGCAGAUUUUGUCCAUCAUGGCGGAUAAGGUGAAUUUCAAAGAUUUGCAAAGAUGGAUACCUAAUUUGUCCAGGUAUCGUUUUAACAUAGCUAGACAUCAUUUAUUACUCCACGGUAGAGGUGCGAACGUACAAUCUGUUAAAGGCACAAGAAUGUACAUUGCGCCAGAGAAACUCGAUCAUUUUUUGUCGUUCAUCACCAGUACCCACAUAAUUCAAGACUUGCCUUUUGGCGAGAAAACUCUGAAACUGUCCACAAAUACGGAAAUAAAGGUUCCCAAUGUUGUUCGAAGUUUGAUCCCUGAGCACAUUGUCCUUCAGUAUCUAAGCUACUGUAGUGAUGUGGGCUUCGUACCAAUGAGUCGCAGCACGCUAUUGAAAGUUCUCAGUGUAUGUUCCGCAUCUACGAGGAAAUCUCUGCAAGGUUUGGACUAUGUUUCAGCUGCCGGCGCCAAAGCUUUUGACGAACUAGAAGAAGUGAUAGACAAGCUUGGAGAUAAUUAUGGAAAGGGUUUCACGUGGGCUAAGGUGCAGAAAGAGAAACUUCAUCUAGCGAAACGCUACCUAAAAGGUGACUAUAAGGUAAGAUUGCUUCUGUCUAAGAUAUUUUAGUUUUCUUGUUUUUGCUUCUACGGUUAGUGCACAUCAAAGGGAUAAUAAACCAUAAAGAAUUUAACAGACUGGUAAAAUUGUGCAAAGAUAGACAUAUUCGAUAUAUUCGUAAUGAUGAAACACUGCGUUUCUUGGCACUAUGGGUGCUUGAAUUCGUGGCCGAAAAAACUGUGAUAGAUAAUGCGUAGAAUUACUUUUUAUAUAGUGUCGUGUCCCGGCAAAGCAUGUUAGAAAUGAAGCAGAAAAGGAUAUUGUAGAAUCUAUGAGCAUUUGAUGUAGAGCCAAAGUUACCUGUAUAUACGUUUUUCUUAAUGCCAGAUUGGUAUAUUGUGCUUUCAUGUUCACUUAUUGAUAUAUGCUAAAUAGCUUUUUGUGUUUCUAAGGUUCACGUAUCUGAAGAAUCGAAGGUCGCAGAUCAUUGUCGGACAUAUGCCCUCAGCUAUCCUCAAGAUAACGAUUACAUCACAGUCUGUAAUCAUGAGCACGAUUCAAAAUGCGACAGAUGCGAACUUCUCCCAACAUUAUUGCGUGAAAUCAAGUCAGUUAUUGGCAGUGUUAACUGUAGCGCUGAAGAACGAGACGAGAUGGAGUAUGAAAUCUCACAGUCAAUUCAGAGUAUUGAAGCUUGGAAGGCCCAUCUCCUUCGCGCUAUAAAUCAGGAUGCCGCAAGACAUGAAAUUCUGGAAAAUCUUAAUGCACAAGCAGUGUUAGUGGUGACGGACUGGGCAAUGAAGUUUCUGCCGAGAAAAUUUCGAGAAAGUCAAAGCGACUGGUUCGGAAAACGUGGCAUACCCUGGCAUAUCAGUGUAGCAUUGAGGAAGAAUGCAAAUGAUGAAACUGAAUUGUUUACUUUCGUUCAUGCCUUCGAAAGCUGUAACCAGGAUAGCUCCACUGUACUCGCCAUUGUUGAUGACGUCUUUCGUCAACUUAAGGAAAUCAUGCCAGAAGUCAACUCUGUUUAUAUGCGGAGCGAUAACGCAGGAUGCUAUCAUAGCGCGUUUACAUUACUUUCAGUCUACCAUGUUGCUAGCGAGCAUGCAAUUGAACUAAAGCGUUUUGACUUUUCCGAUCCCCAAGGCGGAAAAGGAUCUUGUGACCGUAAGGCCGCGACAAUUAAAAGUCACAUGCGCACCCAUCUCAAUUCUGGCCACGACAUAGAGACAGCCUCUCAAAUGAUGACGGCCAUUGAGUCAUCUGGCGGAAUUUCUGGUGUCCUGGUGACGGUAAGCGGGCCACAACCUGCUGCAAAGUCCACUCCAGUAAAAUGGGAGGGCGUUAGUUUCAUUAACAACAUUUCAUACACCCAGGAAGGUUUGCAUGUUUGGAGAGCUUAUGGAAUUGGCUCUGGCAAAUUUGUACCCUGGAGCAACUUCCGCCAACAAGUUGGGAGUCUUCCUCAGCUAAACAAACAGAAACAGAGUUCUAGUGCUGAAGUAUCUUUCCAAACUGCCAAAGCCAGGAGUAAACCAAAGCAAACACCGGUUUUAGAAGAAGCCCCACAGAACAGAAAUAACAGCGACGACGAUGAAAGCUGUAACGACGAAGGAAGCGAUCUUUUUUUCUGUCCAGAAGAGGGAUGUGUCAAGUCCUUUCUACAAUACUCAUCGCUAGAAAAACAUCUGGACUGUGGUAAACACAAGUAUGCCCUGGAACAGGAAACACUGUACGACAAGGCAAUGACCAUGUACGCCACCAAACUGGAGCGUGGUGCUGGCGUCCUACCAGAAAUAGUUGAUGAACGUGCAUCUAUGUCAGUGGAGGAUGAUGGCUCCGUGCUACCGAUGGGAUGGGCUCUUAAGUCAGCAGGAGUACAAAGAAAGAAUCUCACGGUGGCGCAGAAAAACUAUCUGACUGAAGUCUUUCAAGUUGGAGAACGCACUGGGCAAAAAGCAGAUCCAGCGAGCGUCUCAAAGGCAAUGCGAAGAGUAAAGCAUAGUGAUGGCUCUAAUAUCUUCGACAAGUGCGACUAUCUCACACCACUACAAAUAGCAGGAUUUUUUUCUCGCUUGUCAGCAAAGAAAACUUAUAGUGUGGAACAAUCCAGUGAGGAGGAAGAACUAGAAAGGAAUGAGCUGAUAACAGAGAGGGCAAUCGAAGAAAUGUCCAACGAAGUAACGACAGCAUUAGCUCUUCAGCAUCCCAUCAUGUACGAAACAUACAACAUCUGUGAGAUCGUAGGUCAGUCUAGGCUGGCGAAGUUUUCGAUACGAACACUGCAGAACAUCUGUGCAGCCUUAGAACUGGAUGUAACAUCGAUGACUGGCAAGCGCAAGCAGCCCUAUAUGGAAAUUAUUGAAGGCAUUGUGGCCAGGUGUGGCUGUAAAACUAGUAAGGCUGACUAG